CGGCGCCGAGGAAAUGACAUUCACUGCACCGACUAGCACAAUCAACCAUGAGAACAAGCCUUCUGUUGGCUUUUGGCCUUGUGGCCUUCGCGGCUAUGGUGUCCGCGAGAGAGAUCCGCGAAAAACGCUCAGCUGAUUUGGAAGCGGCUGCCUCUGGCCAUAAAUGGGAUAAGGGCGGUGGCCACGAGCACCACGGGCACCACCACCAUGAUCACGGCGACCAUGGCCAUAAGGGACAUAAGGGCCACCAUGAACACCACCACGGAAAGCAUGGACAUCACCAUCAUGGUGGGCACAAGGGACACCACGGUGAGCACGGCGGCCACAAGAAGCACCAUCACCACGAUGAAGGCUACCAUCACCAUCAUCACCAUGGUGAGAAGGGCGAUCACGGUCACGGUCAUGAUGAGCACGGUCACUGGCACAAAGGCCACGACACGAAGGGACACCACGGCGUCGAGAAACACGACGAAUUCAAGAAAGACAAGCAUUUCCACGACCAUCAUGGCGAGAAAGGCUUCCAUGAACAUCAUGGUGGUCAUCAUGACGAGGGUGGAUACAAGAAGGGCGGUCACCACCACCAUGGACACAAGCACGGCGGACACCACGAACACCACCACGGCAAGAAGGGACAUCAUGAGCAUGGAGGACACCACCAUGACCACAAGGGACAUCAUGGCGAAGGCGGUCACCAUGAUCAUUGGCAUCAUCAUCAUGAUCAUGGCAAGAAGGGAGGUCAUGAGGACCACAAGAGCUGGGGACACAAGAAGGGUCACUAAACUGGGUGCUAGAUUAUUUACUGUUCCUGACUGACUGAAUGACUGACAAACAAUAAACCUAAACGGCUAAUGAUAGAAACAUGAAGUUUGGAAGCUACAUCCCAUGGCGUGUGUAUAUUAAUUUUCGAAAUUCGACCCCUAAAAGGGGAUGAACAAUUUUGGGAAUUGAAGGAUACACGGAGGCACAUCCCAAGGCGUGUAAACAUUCUUAAAUGAUGUUUCUGGAAUCCCAUAAAAGUUUGAAUAGGGGAUGAGAGACAUAUCAUGAACCCGAGAUAAAUGAAUGGCGAAAAUUAUUUUCCUUAGAGGAUAAGACUUCGGGGGCAUAGCUACAUUGAAAAAUAUAGAUAAUCCGUCAAUCCCGAAGUCUUUAUUCCAGAAAAGAACUUUUGGAAUAUUAAUAACACAUCUGGUGCCUUCGGUAUUGUUGUUAACUGUUAUUUUAUUGCAUCUAAGUGUUGAGUUCUAUGUUUUUGUUUAAUUGUUAUAACUAAGUAAUACAGUUAAGUUUUGUAUUUUUAUAAAAGUUAUUCGGUUCAAUUUUAAGAACAGAAAUUAAUUAUGUCUGAUCACUGUAAGAAAUUUUAGGAUUAAAAGCAAAUAAAACAGAAAACUAAUAUAUGAUUUAUUAAAAAA